AUGGUGUCAUCCACUCUAUUUGGGAACUGGCAAACGCUGGGCACUGAGUCUGAGAUACACGGCGGUGACUCUGCCGUCCUAGGCUACUUGCAAAAAUCGCGCGACCUCUGUGGCUUUCAGAUAGAACAAGAAAUAAAAUUGAUUCAUCGGAUUACCGAAUUAUUGCCCAUCACCCUUACCCUGGAUUCCGUCAGCUCUACAGGUUCUACAACGACACUAAGAGCCUGGGCCGCUCGGCUAUCAGAUGUGAACAGCUUUGUACUUAAAUUUCUCUACGCUUCUGGGCGUGUGGGGAUCAACAUUCAGAUUGUUGCUCUCUCCAAUAGGUCGCGCGCGGCUGACAUCCCUAACCUCGUGUACGUCAGUGGCGCAAGUAAUGAUUGGUAUUACCGCAUCACUCUAUGUGCCGAUCGUACUUUUGCAUUUCUCAGUCUGAUUAUCUCAGCCAUCAUCGCUGUCAGCUUGGCCAUCUAUACUUCUGGCUCCCUGAGUGGUCGAACGGUGCGGCGACCGUCCCUGGAUCCCCCCAACCCUCCUCCGUUAACUUACAACCAAAAGUGGAUCGAAACCGGGGUGGGGGGAGGCGGCAACAGCAACAUUGGCCCGAGGAUCAACGAGGAAACGCUUCUUGAUUGUGCUAGGGAUUGUGACGACAAUAGUUCGGUGCACCGACUCGAAUUAUCUGAAACACCAUCCACAUCCGAUGGACCUGCAGCCGCGUGAGCAGGUUCGUAGAUCUGGGCGUAUUCGGGCAGGCUUCAAAGAAGUGAUCUGCAAUAUUGAUUACAAUCCCGGAGAGGGGUCAACCGACUUGGCGCAAUUCGUUGAGCCAACAGCUCUGGACUGUGUCCACGGCUGCGCGACAAACGGCGAUUAUAGAAUAAAAGAAAAUAGGUCCACUGAGAACUGAUGACCUAGAAGUGGGGGUAUCCUGAAGGCGAGGCUAGAUAGAGC